AUGGCGUCGGCUGAGGCCUCUGCUGCUUCGGCAUCGCGUCUCUGCGCCGAGCUGGACGCGCUCGAAACGACGUCAUUGCAGCGCCUCCCCAUCGACGAUGCACGUCGUGUGCUGGAUCGGCUCGAAGACGUGGACGCGCAGCUCUGCCGUAGCGCCGGUGUAGCAGUCCCCAUAUCAGACAGCAGUGAAGGCGCGGCUCCCUGCACCGCAACGAGGGGUGCCAGGCCCCCUGUCCAUGACGCCUCUAUGGGGACACUAAAGCAGCUGCGCUCAACCUUCGCUGCUCAGCUGACCAUCUCCCAGCAAGAUGCACUGAUGCGUGUGUUGUACGCGUGCAUGGCAUCGUGCGCCUCUGGCGUCACGACACCCACAUCGGAAGCAGCUUCUUGGGCACCGACUGGUGCACCCAAUGCUCACGCGCCUCUCUCACCAGCCGGUGUGCACCGACUGUACGAGUGGCACGCGGCCCUGCACGACGCAGCUGGCGAUGGUGCGGUGGUGCGUGCCUUGAUGAGCAGAUGA